AUGACAGAUCCGACCGUGAUCAAACCGCUAUUCGAACCCACCGAUAUAUUCAAUUUCGAUUUCCCUACGCCUCCUCAAUCCGUUCAAUCCCAAUCCGCCAGCGAGACUUCCAAGGAUGUCACGGUCGGGCUCCAUACGUCAACAACGACGGAGACGGAAGUCUUCAGUAGACCGGAGAGGAUCACGCUUGAUACCCCUCCUCCUGAUUUCGAGGAGGAACCGGAUGAUCUGGAUAUGGAAGCGGAGUUGGCUAUGAUGGAGAUGGAAAGGGAAACGAUGUUAUUGGAGAAGACCAAUUCUACCACCUUGAUACGGCAUAAAGAAAUGGAAAAUAGAGACGAUGAUUUUGUAUCUUCUGGUAUAUUCGAUUCGUUGGAAACGAAUCAACCUAUCGCUUCAUCAUCAAGGACAAUCCUGACACCGCCACCUGAGAGCGAUCUCACACCUCUACCUAUUUUUCAACCCCACUUCAAUACAUGUACAUUACCUUCACUAAGAGCAGAAACGAUGCAGGGGAAGAUAGUAACGUUCAAAAGGAGAAACAAGCCUAAACCUUCUCAAGCUCAGAUACAUGCGAAAGGAUCUAAAGCAAACGCUGGAGAUUUGUUGAGUAUACCUCUUCAUAAGUUGUUGGCAGAAGUGGAUGAAUUGAAAUCGCAACAAGAAGCUAUGAAGCUGCAGCAGAAAUAUGACGAAGAGCGAAGACGAGCUGAGAGAGCAGGUAUGACCGUUGUCAAACGAAGUACGGUCAUGUGGGUGGAUAAAUAUAGACCAAAACAGUUUACAGAUUUACUAGGAGAAGAUCGAGUACAUCGAGAAGUCAUGAACUGGUUGAAGGAAUGGGAUAAAUGCGUUUUCAAGAGGGUCAUUCCUGGGAAAAAGCGGAAAUUAGAAACCGAUAAUGAGAAUUUUGUGGUCGACCCACUUGGAAGACCAAGAGAAAGGAUCCUACUAUUAUCUGGACCUCCAGGAUAUGGCAAAACCACUCUCGCACAUGUGGUAGCCAGACAUGCAGGAUACAAAACACUUGAGAUCAAUGCUUCGGACGAUCGAUCGGCUGCGACUGUAUCUACGAGAAUCAAAAAUGCUAUUGAUGCCGGAUCGGGCUUGGCAAGCGAAGGUAAACCGACUUGUGUGGUGAUUGAUGAGAUUGAUGGAGCGAGUGGUGGAGGCGAUGCAAGCUUCGUAAGGAGUUUGAUUAAGUUGAUUCAGGAUGUUCCUGCGAGGAAGAAAAGUAACACCCCUGCAAGACCCCUUCGACGGCCCAUCAUAUGUAUCUGCAACGAUCUUUACGCCUCCUCCCUGCGUCCGUUGCGGCCCUUCGCUCGAGUCAUACGAUUCCGAAAACCACAGCCGCAACUAUUGGUGAAACGGCUAAGGGAGAUUUGUGAUCGAGAGACCUUGUCUGCUGAUCUGAGGGUACUCACCACUCUGGUCGAUGUGACGAGUGGCGAUGUGAGAAGUUGUUUGAACACCCUGCAGUUCAUCAAAUCGAAGUCAUCUUCUGUCACGGACGAAGCGAUCCGAUCAUCUAGCGUUGGGAUGAAAGAUUCAGGAACGACUUUACAAUCCGUUUGGAAUACUGUAUUCAUCCCAUUAGCAGCUAAACAACGACGAAAGGCUAUAGGUAUAGAUGAUGGUAGAUAUGUCGAUAGGAUAUCAUUCGCUAUUCAAGCUUGUGGAGAUUACGAUAAAGUCAUUCAAGGUUUAUUCGAACAUUAUCCAAAUCUAAAACCGUUAGAUGCUUCUUUGGGCAACUUGUGUAAAGUUCACGAUUGGUUAGGAUACUACGAUCGACUUUCUCAGAGAGUAUCGGAAUCUCAAGAAUGGGAUCUAAUGAAUUACAUGCCAUACGCGAUCACACCUUGGUAUAGUCAUUUGGCAGCUCCUGCGAAUAAUGCGAAACCCACUGAAUGGCCUAAAGCGGAUUAUGAGGCGUACCAAGCUAGAAUAACGAAUGAGGAAGUAUCAACUUCAUUGAAAAACCUCGUUCCACCCAUCUUGAGAUCUUUGUUCUCUACUGCGACCAGUUUGACUGAGUUUAUACCUCUGCUUAUGAGGAUAAUCUCACCGCCUUUAAAACCUGUCAAUGCGAAUAUAGUGAAACCUGCCGAGAGGGCUGUCCUGGACAGGUUGGUAGAAUUGAUGAUUCCUCUGGGGUUGAGAUUCUGGCAGGAAAAGGGAGAGAUCGGUCAGCCUAUGAUGAGAUUGGAACCACCCAUCGAUGUGUUCGUCCAUUACGAAGGUAAACGAGCGGAUGAUAUCGCCGUUUCGAGAUUUGCCGUAAGGCAAUUGAUCGCUCAAUCGAUGGACGCUGAGAUCGCUAGACGGAGAGGUGCGGCUGGUGCUGAAGAUGGUACGACUGGUUCAGAUGGGUUUGCCAAAGCCUAUGGACUGAAGGGAAAUGCAGGACUGGGCAAGAAAACGGUGGACAAAGCUGAACUGCCCGCCACGGACUUCUUCGGUAGAACUAAAUCUACCAGCACUCCGUUGCUAGCUACCGGUUCAAUGGAAGAGAGUGGCAUCUCUCCAGUCUCUGCAGAACCACCUGUAAAGAAAUUCAGAGCGGUCUAUAAAUUCAACGAAGGUUCUAGUAGUGCAGUGAGGAAGAACGUCAAGAUGUCGACUUUGAUGUGA